GGGUUGCGGCUUGUGCGCUUGCCUUUAUUUCGGGUAAACAGAAACAUCACUUUCGCACAAAACAUUUCUGUCAACCGUCGUCAGUGGCAGUGAAAGGCAUAUUUAUCUUUGAGCUAGAGGACCACCCAAACUACUGUCGAGUGCCGCCUUGUCAGCCCUGCGCGUGGAUCCGUUUGGUCGUUCAUUUAAUCUAGAACGUGAGUUCAGUGAAACGCCAAUAGAUCUUGGAGGAGGAAAGAUGCUCCGUGGAGCUGGCUUGCGCAUGCUCAGUAGUGUUCGCUCAAAACGGGCCGAACUGCUGUCGUCUGCUAAAAUUACUGGAGCCGGCGUUGUAACGAUAGGCAAGUUGUAUACAACGAGCGUGAUGCCGUAUCUCAUCGAAGACCCAAAAUAUGCCUUUCUUAAGGAUCUUGGACUCAGCAAGACGAACCUAGGUGGCUUCGAUGGAAAAUGGAUCGGUUCAGGAAAGCCUUUGAUAUCAGUAUGCCCUGCUAGCAACAAGCCAAUUGCGGAGGUGACCACGGUUACCCUAGCCGAAUAUGACGAAAUCAUAAAGGCCACUACAGAAGCGUGGGACAUUUUCGUGGACCUAACGGCCCCCCGGAGGGGUGAAAUUGUUCAUCAAAUAGGCGAGGCACUGCGAGACAAGAAGGCUCAGUUAGGCCGACUCAUCUCACUCGAAAUGGGAAAGAUAGUCCAAGAAGGAGAAGGUGAGGUUCAAGAGUAUAUCGACAUUUGCAAUUAUGCGAUGGGUCUCUCCCGAAUGCUCGGGGGCAAAUCAUUUCCAUCAGAGCGUCCCGGUCACGUACUUCUUGAGCAGUGGAAUCCAUUGGGACCUAUUGGCAUCAUCUCAGCCUUCAACUUCCCUAUUGCCGUUUAUGGGUGGAAUAACGCCAUCGCUAUGGUAUGCGGUAACACGAUGGUCUGGAAAGGCGCUCCAUCCACGCCUCUUUGCGGAGUAGCUGUGACCAAAAUCAUUGAAAAGGUGUUGGCAGCCAACAAAUUGCCCGGAGCAAUAUGCUCUCUGGUCACGGGGGCAACGGACAUCGGCGAAGCAAUAGCCAAAGACGAGCGAUUGCCACUAGUUUCGUUUACUGGUAGCUGUCUCGCAGGUCAAAAGGUAGGCACUGCGGUGCAAGGAAGGUUCGGCAAAACUAUUUUGGAAUUGGGAGGCAACAACGCGAUUCUUGUAGACGAGACAGCAGAUAUCGAAAUGGUCGUGCAGGCAGCGCUCUUCGCGUGCGUUGGCACGGCCGGUCAGAGGUGCACGACGGCAAGGCGGAUGAUCGUGCAUGAAAAGGUCCACGAUACUGUAGUGGAACGUCUAACGUCGGCUUACGGGCAGGUACGGCUUGGUGACCCUUUGGAAACUUCUACGCUGUGUGGGCCUUUGCACAGUCCUCAAGCUGUCGACGCGUUUCUGCAGUCUAUAAAGGAAUCUCAGGAACAGGGUGGCAAGGUGAUCUGUGGCGGAAAACGUGUAGAACACGAGGGUAAUUUCGUUGAACCGACCAUUGUAACAGGCCUCAAACACGAUUCACCUGUUGUGCAGAAGGAGACCUUCGCGCCCAUUGUGUACAUUCUGAAGUGUUCAAGCCUCGACGAAGCCAUCCGCUGGAAUAAUGAGGUCAAACAGGGACUUAGCAGUUCACUCUUCACUCAAGAUAUCGAAAAAGUUUUCAAGUGGAUCGGCCCAAAAGGAUCAGACUGCGGCAUUGUUAAUGUAAAUAUCCCUACAAACGGAGCCGAGAUUGGAGGUGCUUUUGGAGGAAAUAAGAGCACUGGUUGGGGGCGCGAAUCUGGAAGUGACUCAUGGAAACAAUAUAUGCGAAGAUCAACUUGUACCAUAAAUUAUACAAAAGAGUUACCCCUCGCUCAAGGGAUUCAAUUUGGGUAGAAAUAAUGUAUUUCAUGUUGUAGAAUAAAUCGAUACCUUCUUU